UCGUCCAUCACAUCACACAUUUUUUCCAAACCCUGAAAAAACCUUCUCCAAAAAUGGCAAGAACAAAGCAAACUGCUCGCAAAUCAACCGGUGGAAAAGCACCGAGAAAGCAAUUGGCAACAAAAGCCGCUCGGAAAUCGGCUCCGGCGACUGGAGGAGUGAAGAAGCCGCACAGAUUCAGGCCAGGAACGGUGGCGCUACGAGAGAUCCGGAAGUACCAGAAGAGUACGGAGUUGUUGAUCCGAAAGCUUCCGUUUCAACGGCUAGUGAGAGAAAUCGCACAGGAUUUUAAAACCGAUUUGAGGUUUCAGAGUAGUGCGGUUGCUGCGCUGCAAGAGGCGUCAGAGGCGUAUUUGGUAGGGUUAUUUGAAGAUACGAAUCUGUGUGCGAUUCAUGCUAAAAGAGUUACAAUUAUGCCAAAAGAUAUGCAGCUAGCCAGGAGGAUCAGAGGGGAAAGGGCUUAAGUUUAUCAAAAAUAUUGUAUGGUCAUGGAUUCUAUCUUUUAAUGGAGAUUAACUUGUUAAAUGCAUGGUGUCUUGCAGUUAUUCUUUAA